AAGACGAGAAAAACCACGCCGUCGCCCUCGCACACCUCACCAACUUCUCCACGACGCCGCUUUCACCAUGCCGGCGCCUACCACUACUCUGCUCAUCGAGGGUACCUUCGAGGAGCUCGUCGAGGAACUCGCGACAUACAUCGACAAUUUGAAAAAGGCACACGGCGACGAGGACUCCAACAUCCAGGCCGAAUGCACUGCGCUAUUAGCAGAGAACAAGAAGGACGAUGUACUGAAGAAGCUGGUGACGGGCAGUGCGACCCUGAACGAGGCCCCGGAGAAGGAAUUCAUAGCCGCCUACAACCUCCUCGUCCACCUAACACGGCAAUCGCCAAAUCUGAACAUGUUCCUCCCCCGCGUGUGUCAGAACCUCUCCGCUCCAGUCCGGUCCUCGCCAGCCAACGGCGCGGGCCUCGCCCUCUCCAUCCUCAGCACUGUCUUCAACACCCUGCAGCCAGACAAUGAUAACCGGUACCAUGUCUUUCUCGCCAUUCUGAGCGUUGUUCGACGGAGCGCCAACUUCGAGACUCUCCGCCCACAAUUGAAGCAUCUCGACCAGUGGCUAGCGGCUUGGGACAUGGAUGAGGAGGACCAGCGGAAACUUUACCUCGCCAUCGUGGAAGUGGCUACCGUUGCGGGCGAAGAGGAACAUGCCUACCAAUACCUCGUUAGGGCGCUACGGACGAUUCCCUCUGACGAACUGUCCACCCCAGAAUCGCAACAGCUCUCCCUACGCGCGCUCAAAUCCGCCCUCACCCACCCAACCCACUUCGACUUCCAGGAUCUUACUGCCCUAGACACCAUCCAAGCCCUCCGCAACUCCCACCCCAUCUAUUUCCAGCUCCUCGAGAUCUUCACCGCCGACCUAUUGGACGACUUCAAUGACUUCAAGGACGAGCACGACGGCUGGAUCGAGGAGCAGGAGUUGGAUGCUGACGCUUUGAACCGGAAGAUGCGCCUCCUGACACUCGCUUCAAUUGCUGCAAGCACUGGCCAAACACGAUCUCUUCCUUACGCUCAUAUCGCCAAGGCACUCCAGAUCCCAUCCUCGGACGUCGAAAUGUGGGUCAUCGAUGUGAUCCGGGCCGGCCUCGUUGAGGGUAAGCUGUCUCAGCUCACCCAGACCUUCCUUAUCCACCGCAGCACAUACCGUGUGUUUGGCGAGAACCAGUGGCGCGAGGUCGCAUCCCGGCUAGACAUGUGGCGGAACAGCUUAGUCGGUGUGCUGCAGGUCAUCCAGAUGGAGAAGGCGAGUUUCAUUCAGAUGAAGGAUGCAGAGAACAAGGAAAUCGAGGCGAAGCUUAAUGGUGCGACGAGUGGCAGGGCAGGCGGUUUCUCGAGGUUGAGGAAAGAGGAGCCAGAGUUGGAGUAAGGAAGCCUUUUUACUUUCUUUCUUUCUUUCCUUCUUAUUUUGCGCGAUGAAAUGAAGUCAGUAGGCUAAAAGAUCGGGCGCCGGUGGGUUAGGCGGGCUUGGGUUGCAUCUCUCGGGUGUCGGUUCGAUGAAGGGCUGGUACGAACAUUCAAGAGGUACGGUUACAUGACGUAUAUCUCAUGUGCCCAAAGCCAUAGAACUGAAAUCAGUCGAAAGUGUCUCUCUACUUGCAAUCAUCCUUAAGAGCGCUAAAGUCUUCGCGGCUGUAGUGCUUUGCAUUGGUUUGCGGUAGGCCUCUACAUCCGGUGAUGAACGGUCGAAGCUCUCCUAGACGGUCACGAAGAGAAAGUGGUAGAUGGCAUGCUUUCGAAGCAUGGUGAUUUGCAUUGAUAUUCAGUAGCUCUCUGCACACCUUCAGAGCCCUUUAGGGGCCUCCCGGAGGUUGGCAUCCCAGA